CCUGAGACUUCGUUCCAUUUCCAAAAUUAUUUGUUUGCAUGCAAAGUCGAUUAUGUAGUUAUCGGUAACGAGAUCUUCUGUAGUGUGCUUUGUAUACAUAAAUGUAUUAUUCUCAAUUUAAUUUCAUUUAACAUGGAUUUCAUAGAUGAUUUUAUAGAGGAAUAUAAGAAAAACCCAUGCCUUUGGAAAGCUGACUGUACAAAUUUUAAGAACCGUACAAAGCGACAAGAGGCAUAUUUGAAAUUAAUAGAAGUAGCCGCAAAGCACGGAGAGCACUACAAUAUUGAACGAACGAAGCAAAAAAUUAAUAACUUGAGAUGCGCGUUUCGACAACAAUUGAAGAAAAUCGUAGAGUCUAAGAAUAAAGGAGAGAAAGAUGAGCCCUACUGUCCAAAACGCAGAUAUUUUGAAUCUUUAAUGUUUUUAAAAGAUGAGGAAAAUUUGGAGAGGAAAACAAAGCGUUGUGGAGUUAUAGGACCGUCGAAUGGUGAAGAAAUCGAAACAAGCACUAUAGAGCAAGAUUGCAUCGUUGAAGGGAUAAUGGAAUCGCAUGUAGUUAGAAACAAAUUGACUCAAAAUAUUUGUUCUUCAGAUAGCACAGAGGUGGAUCAGACUACAAAACAAUUAACGCAAAAUGAAAUUUUAGAAGAACAGACAAUAGAAGAGACUUUUACAGAAUACAGUGACGAUGUAUACAAUAAAAUAAAUGAUUUAAUGCCUCCGGAAAGAGGAUUGAAAGAUCAAAAAUCUUACGAAAGUGAAAAAGAAACGUGUUUCCUGCCAGAAUCAAAUAACUCCCGAAAAAGAUCUUCAUCUACUUCUUCGCAAUUAUCAAAGGAAAUAGAACCUGCCAACAAAAGAAUGUACAAAUUGGAGACAUCUUCAAUAGAUCUUGAAAAAAUUUUGUCUCUUGCUUGUAAAAGUCAUAAUAGUAAUAUAGAUGACCAUUUCUCGAAUUUUGGAAAGGUCAUUGCACACAAACUUCGAACGAUGGACAAUUCUCAAGCUAUUUAUGCUGAAAAAAUUAUCACAGAUGUUUUGUUUCACGGGCAAAUGAAAAUGUUAACUGUAUCAAGCAUAAAACAAUUUUUGAAUCUUAAUUUCUCAGAUUUGUGCGAAUCUGUCCGAUGUAAUAAAUAAACUCGUUAAGUAUUUGCUAUUGUAAAAGCAAAUGAAAUACAAAUUAUUUAUUGUAUAUCUAUAAAUCGGGGUCUGAUAAUUUGACAGCUCAUUUAUUUUUCUUUUUAUUCAAAAUUAAAUGUACAAUACACUUACUUCAAUUCAAUUUUGUUAUAAAGAUAUAUUUAUUUUCCAACUAUUCUUAAAAUUUAACAUCAGUUGAUUACCGCUGAAAUUAUGUGGAUAAAACUUGUAUAAUCCAAAAGGACGAAACGUUCGAUACUUUGUUAUAAAUAUAUAUUUCAGGCUCUUCUAAAUUUUAAUUUAUUUUAUACCAGUCCAAAGUAUCAGGCUUCGUUGCAGAUGCAUUCAACAUGCUGUGAACAUCACUGAACAUUUCAUUGCAAAUAUUAUCUUCAAGCUAAAAUCAAUAAAAAAAUCCACCUUAUUAAUUUA